CAUCAAUUCAUCACCUAAUGCAAAAACACAGUGUAUGUCCAUAGCUUAUUUUUUAGCUAAAUUAGACUAUAGAAAGACUGUUUCGUCCAAGCUUAAUUUGUGCUGCACUAGUUAGGUCUAUUGUCCGUACCAUAUUUGUAAGACCUCAUUGAUGAAAGUAAAUGUACAUGACCAAAGCCCAACUAUAACAAAGCUAGCUCAAGAUUAACGCCCAAGCCCAUAUAAAGAAGGCCCAAGACCCUUACAACAGAACCCUUGUACUAAUGAGUGUUUGACUCGAAUCCUAAGACUCAGCUCAACAUUGCAAAGCAAAUCACCACCGCCAGCAGCAUGGGAGCCACCAUAGGGGGACUACGAGCAGCAUUCAUGAAGCACAACACAGGGAAGCUCAGAGGACUAUGCAAGGCUAGAAACAGACACCUUACAAUCACGCAGAGUUUCCUUGAAACAAACAACUUUCACCCCUGUAAAUGGGUUAGCUAGGAAUCAAGCAAUUGUGGAAUCAGAGCUAAGAACUAUGUACAAGAAGUGAAGAAGCACUUCAAUAUAUACCCUCACUUAUAAGAACUAUGAUAGUCCUUACCUCUAAAUUUGUACUAAUUUUUGGUUGGUUGAGUCUUACUGAUCUUUUUUCUUUUUAAAUAUAUAAAACUGAAGUAACAGUGAAAGGGAUAGUUUUGUCAUUAGAACGUACAAAUGAGUGAGUCAAAUUCACAUAAAAAGGCACACAUUCUCUCGAUCUUUACCCACUGCGGUGGAAGUCACAGGCACACGAUCCCAUCAUGGAACUGCAAGAAGAAACCACCAUCAUAGCUGCUCUCUCUACUCUCACUCCUCCCCAGCUUUCAGAUCUCACCCACUCCAUCCUCUCUCAAUCUCUCUACCAUCACCACCGUCUCUCCUCUCUCCUCUCCUCUCCCUCCUCCUUCUCCCUCACCCUCCACCUUCUCCGCUCCCUUUCCCUCCCUCACAAAACCCUCCUCAUUGCCAAGCAUCUCCUCUCCUCCCUCCACCAACUCACCCGUCACUUCCACCCACCUCCACUUCCUCCGCAUCCCUCCGCCACCAUCAAACACAGAGACCUUGACGCAGCACUACUCCUCCUACUCCUUUGUGACGUCCAUCAAUAUAACCCUGAAAUACUCAAAAGCCCACGUACUGAAUGGAUGGGAAUUUUAAGCAAACGCUACUCUGAUGCCAUGUUAAUGCAGUCUGGCAUUGGGGUGCAUUAUGGAGGCGUCGUUUUACCUUUCGUUGAGAUGAUAAUAAGGUGUUGGAGGUUAGUGGCUUUAAUGGGUGGUUGUGGAAGGAAGGAGGGGAGAGAGGUGGCAGCAGCACCAUCAGCUGUGGUGGCACUACCGACGGUGGAGGUGAGAAGAGGUGGUGGUGGGGAGUGUGUUGUAUGUAGAGAAGAGAUGAGAGAAGGGAGAGACGUGUGUGAGUUGCCAUGCGAACACUUGUUUCAUUGGAUGUGCAUUUUGCCAUGGUUGAAGAAGAGGAAUACUUGCCCGUGUUGCAGGUUUCAGCUUCCCUCCGAAGACGCGUUGGGAGAGAUCCAACGGCUGUGGAGUGUUCUGAUCAAGAAAGGAGGUGGGUCCCUUAAUGGAGAACGUGUAAGCGCUGAAAGUAGAGUCACACGUUGAUGAUAGUGACACGUGUGGUUAGUACAGAGGCAAGUGCAUGUAUGGAUUAGAAAUAAAAAUAAAUGAGGAGGAUGAUUGAGAUUUUUAUUUUUAGAA